UUUGCAGGUUCCACUAUUUUGCUGAAUCUGCAAGUCGAUUCCGCCUACAAGCUUGCAUGUUAUUUCACUAACUGGGAGCAAUACAGGCCACAGCCAGCCACAUUCACACCAGCAAAUGUCGACCCCUCCCUAUGUACCCACCUGAUAUAUGCUUUUGCUGACUUGAAAGACAACCAACUUACCACUAAAGAACCGAAUGAUGAAAUACUCUAUAGGCAACUCAAUGAUUUAAAGGACAGAAACAAUGCCUUGCUCACAUUGCUAGCUGUUGGAGGAGGAAUCUUUGAAAACACAAAGUUUACUAUCAUGGUAUCGUCUCCAGAGAAUCGCCGGAAGUUCAUAAGAACUACGAAACAUUUUCUUCGUCUUCAUAAGUUUGAUGGUCUAGAACUUGACUGGGAAUAUCCAGGUUUCAGAGGGAGAGCUCCAGAGGAGAAACAUCAGUUUACCAUCUUGAUCCAGGAACUGUUAGCUGCUUUUGUGGAAGAAGGGGAAGAAACAGGACGGCCACGGCUGUUGCUUUCAGCAGCAGUCUCUUCCAACAAAUAUAUAGUGGAUGCUGGAUAUGAGAUUGCUGAACUGGGGAAGAGUCUUGAUUUAAUCAAUGUGAUGACCUAUGACUUCCAUGGAAGUUGGGCACCCGUAACAGGACACAACAGCCCCCUGCAUAAGGGUUUAGAAACCUAUGAUCCAGUUCCUUUCUACAACUGUGAAUAUGCCAUGAAAUAUUGGAAGGACAAUGGAGCUCCAGCUGAGAAACUUUUGAUGGGAUUUCCAACAUAUGGACGAACAUUUAGACUUACUAGUUCUAAUACUGGAGUUGGAGCUCCAGCAUCUGGUGGAGGUACUCCUGGAAAUUACACCAAAACUUCUGGUGUUUUGGCAUAUUAUGAGGUGUGUGGAUUUUUACAAGGAGCUACCAAGGAAUGGAUUGAAGAGCAGGAGGUUCCUUAUGCUUUCAAGGAUGAAGACUGGGUUGGAUAUGAUGAUGAAAAGAGUUUUCAGCUCAAAGCAGAGUUCUUGAAAAGAGAAAAGUAUGGAGGAGCCAUGAUUUGGACUCUCGGCAUGGAUGAUUUCUCUGGCAUGUUCUGUGGUGAAGGAGCCUAUGUCCUUGUUAAUAAAUUAAAGGAUAUCUUAGAAAAUGGAGAUAAUAACGAAGAUGAUUAA